AUUUCAGCUGUGUUAACACAACGUAACACAGGAAUGGCUUAUUUAACGGCGCCAGGGGACAUAAAUAUCGCCGCAUCACUCCACUGUCCACGUUACCUUUUUGGCUUCCCAUAGUGUUGUAUGUCAGUAAGUCUGAACUGUGCGACCGUUUGAGCACCUUGACUGCAGAAGUGUCCAGCCUCAACCAUCAUGGCCUCUGCUACUUCCACCCCCGCAGCGUCCAGCGGCCGCUCCAGCCGCUCCGCUGGCCGCCACGGCGUAACGCCCAGCCUGCACGCCUCAAGCACCAGCCCGACCCGCCUGCUGCGGGGCCAGGAGAAGGAGGAUCUCCGACACCUUAACGACCGCCUCGCUAACUACAUCCACCGGGUCCAAGAGCUCGAGAAUGAGAGGUCUACAAUACUGUUCCAGCUGGAGGAAAAGGAGGAUUCGAGAAGCCGAGAGGUGAGCAACGUGCGGCGUCUUUACGAGGAGGAGCUGGCAGAUGUCCGGAAGUCCCUGGACGGCCUGGCCGGAGAGAGGGCACGUCUGCAGAUUGACUAUGGCAAUCUCUGCGAGGAUUACAGGAAGGUCCAAGCCAGGAACCAGAAGAAGGAGAGUGAUCUGGCGACUGCAAUGGCCCAAUGGAGGAAAGUUGAAGCAACUUUAAGCUGCAAGGAUGCCGAGUGCACGCAGCUGCUGUCGGAGAACAGGAGACUCCACGACGGCUUCACUGACCUGCAGGGCCAGCUGGAAAACGUAGAGGGGGUUCUGUCAGAGACAAAGAACCAGCUGAGCUCUGAGAUCCUGUGGAGGGUGGACCUGGAGAACCAGGUGCAGACACUCAAAGAACAGCUGGAGCUCCAGAGGAACAUCAGCGAUCAGGAGAUCCUAGAGAUCCGAAGCCGCCAUGAGAGCCGUCUGGUGGAGGUGGACUCAGGCCGGCGAAGGGAGUUUGAGGGUAAACUGGCCGACACUAUGCAGCAACUCCGCCAGGACCAUGAGACCCAGCUGCAGCAGUACAAAGAAGACCUCGACCGGACCUUCGCUUCAAAGCUGCAGAAUGCCCAGCAGGCUGCACUGGAGAAGAGCAACAGUGAGUCAGCCACCAAAGAAGAGCUGGAAGGCAGCAGGCUCAGAGUAGAAAGCCUCAGUUCCCAGCUGCAGCAGUACCAAAAAGAUAAAAUGUUGGUGGAGGGUCGUUUUCAGGAUCUGGAGAGGACUCUGGACAAGGAGCGUGAGGUGUGGCAGCAGAGAAUGGGUCAGAAGGAGCAGGAGCUGCUCAACAUAAGGAGCCAGAUGUUCACACAGCUGGAAGACUACGAGAACCUGCUGGAUGUUAAGCUCGCUCUGGACAUGGAGAUCAACGCCUACAGGAAGAUGCUGGAAGUGGAGGAGCACAGACUGCAGCUGUCCCCCAGUCCCUCCCAGCACUCAGCCAUCCCUCGAACACAUGAACACAGCAGCCGGCAGCUCCGAGGGAAGAAACGUAAACAUGAGGGAGCUUCAGGCAGCUCACCGGCCUACAAAAUGUCCAGUCGUGCAACACAGCAUGGCUCUGUCAGCGUUGCCGAGGUCGACAUGGACGGGAAAUAUAUCAGACUGAAGAACAACUCUGAGACGGAGCAGCCGCUGGGGGGUUGGGUGGUCCGGAGGAUAAACGCCCCCAUGGGACACCUCUCAUUCCACAUCCCCCCCUCCUGCAGCCUUUCUGCUGGCCAGAUGCUCACAAUCUGGGCAGCAGGGUCCGAGGCGGAGUCUGAUCCCGGGGACAUGGUUCUGCAGGGCCAGAGGUGCUGGGGCCCUGUCACAGAUGUAAGGGUGAUUCUUCUCAACCCUGACCACGAGGAGAUGGCAGAGCGCAGGGUGUGUGUGCAGCACAGAGGGGAGGAGGAACCUGAACAGGCGUUUGAAGAGUAUGUUGCAGGCAGUGACAUCCAGCUCCUUCAGAGACAGCCAAAGAAAAAGAAGUGUUGUUCAGUCUCUUGAGAGCAGAGCAGACUGCUGUACAGUAGGAUCUAUCUGAGGAGGCGAGCUGUGCCGUCAUGUGACGCUGCGAACCUCGACGCCUCAGAGCGACAGAUCAACCUCAGCGUUCCUCAGUGCAGUGCACCAGUUCUCUUAUUUACAUGAAUUUGUGUUUGUAUGAAAUAAAAAUAUUAUAAUAAAGUUGUAUAAAUGCAAUUCGGUCAGA